UCAUAUGUGGUGUAUUUGGGAGGUCAUUCACAUGGAGAAGAAGCCACACAAACUGAUUAUGAUAGAGUCACUCAGUCUCAUUAUGACUUUCUUGGGUCAUUCAUGGGAAGUUCGGAUAAGGCCAAAGCUGCCAUUUUUUACUCUUAUACUCGACAUAUAAAUGGAUUUGCUGCAACUCUCGAAGAAAAUGAAGCACUUCAAUUAUCCAAUCAUCCAAAAGUUAUAUCUGUAUUCUUGAAUAGAGCAAGAAAGUUGCAAACAACGAGGUCGUGGAGUUUUCUUGGUCUUGAAAAUAACGAAGAAGAAAUUCCCGCCAGCUCUUUGUGGAAGAAGGCCAGAUUGGGUGAAGAUGUCAUCAUCGCCAAUCUUGACACGG